AAGCUUCCAUCAUCCACCCCAGCUUGCAAUCCUGGUCGUAGUUGACUUCGCGAUUGCGCCCAGGGGUUCUGGCUUUGCGAAGCUCUCACCAACUCCCCCGAACCAAAUAUCCAAACCACCAAGCCGCCACCAACCCGCACAACCCCAAUGGCACCAUAGCAGUCUGCUCCCGUUCUCAAUUUCCGAGCUGCUUCUGCUUCUCACGAUGCUCGCAACAACACCCCGCCUCCACGUCCGGCGCCCCUCGCCAACGACAGCCGAAUUCACAGUAACAACCCGCCCACCACCAACCCUCACAGUUCGCGUCCUCUCAGGCCUCCUCUUCACCCUCCGCAUCCUCCUCUUCUUCUCCUCGAUUCUCCUCCUCCAAGCAGCCCUGACAGAAUCACCAUACGUCACCUCCCUCCUCUCCGCAUCGACAAGAACAAAACCCAUCGCAGCCGCAACUGCAACCAACGGCUCAGACGCCCUCUUCUCGAGCGCGACGGUCUGGCAGAUACUGUCAUUCAUACGCGCCUCUGCGCCAGGCCGCCUCGCGCACGCCGUCGCUGCCUCGCACGCAAUACCACUACCCGUCCUGGUCCCGGGGUGUCUGCUUGCGGCGUACGCGACGCUGAAACGCACGCACACCACUGAGAGUCUGCUCGUGCUGCGCGGGCUGGGGAUACAGACGAGCUCGACGAGCGGGAGCUACUUGUCGGCUGCCGCGACGCGGUUCAUACCUACGGAGAAGAUUCAGGAUGUGCUGGUGAAUGAAGCGUUCAGAGGCUUCGAGGUGCGGUACUACUUGAUUGUCAUUGUCGAGGGGGAGGAGGACAUCGUGGUUGUGUUUCCGAGGAUACUGCCCAAAAAGAAGAUUGUCGAGACGGUGUGGCGAGGCGUGAGGGGGUGUCUUUGGGAGGCGGAUGGUGGGAGUGGCAAUAGAAAGAUGGACGAUAGAUGGCAGAACGGGGUAUAA